AUGGAUAGAAGGAGCCCCUUAGCCAGCAUAUCGAUUCGCUGCAAUCGAGUCACCCCACAAUGUGACAAAUGUGAAGCCGUGGGAGGGCAUUGCAUCUAUUCAGCGCGGAAACCAAGAUCCAAGAAAAAAGAGCCUGAAGUUUCUGAGAAGACCGUUCUUUUUGAAGUUCUCAAGCGCCUUAAACGCCUAGAGGAACAUUGCGGCUUGGAAGACACACCAAAUACUGACGCCCAAGAUAAUGGUGAUGGCGACGAUUCAAUGUCAAUUUUGUCCUCUGUCGGAUCAGACGAUGACCAAAAUAUGCCCCUAGCGGAAUCGGGAGACGCUCUAAAUGCACCCGUGACAGAGGUAUCAGUCCCGGUUACACUAGUUCCUGCCGUGGUCCGUGGUAUCAUCGGCCGUAUAAAAGACGAAGGCAGCCGAUCCAUGCUCCUCUCCAGUGUCUUUUGUCAUCUGCGCUCAGUGGAAUCUUGCUUUUUCGAAAAUGAACAAUGCAUUCGUGCUAUCACAUCGGCAAUGUCGGAGAUCGAGUUCAUGCAAAGCACGCAGGCAGUCGAGCCGCUAAGAGACCCAGUCGUUCCAAAGGAACAAGCAAAGAAGCUUAUUGAAAAUUAUUAUGACUGCUACCAAUUCGAAGGCUUCAAAAUCCCUCUUGAGAAGUCCUUCUUGUGUUCCAUCCCCGAUCUAAUUGAGAUUCCCCAUGUCAAAUUGGACUAUACCGUCCAAAUAAUCUACUACACAGUCCUUCUUCAAGGUAUUAUUCUGGAUCCAGAAGCCUAUCCGGGAAGGGGUGGUAUCAUCCGAAAUCUCUAUCUGAGAUGUGUCGCUCUCAGCGAUCACUGGCUCGCAAAUAUUCAAGAUACACCUGCCGAUCUUUUUGCUGCAUUUCUCAUGAUCUCAAUGGCUUUAGAAGGCUGUAAUAUGGAUUUAUCCUGGAAGGCGUUUAGCCAAGCGUGUCGGAUAUCAAAAGCACUAGGAUACUAUGCCGUCGAUGAAACAUCGACCGAGCGCUCCAACCACUCCGAACAACCACACCUUACAGCCCCAACCCCAGCCCCGGGAGCGACCUCAGAAUCAGACCGCCACAAAGCAGAAGUCGACAAGAAUCGCAAAAGAUUCGAAUUCUGGCACAUCUUGCGCGUAGAUUGUCUCUUCCGCCUGUCAUUCGGCAAACCAACACUAAUGCCGGCCGGAUCCUGGAAAGUGAAUUUCCCCGAUCCAACAAUCAACGGCGUAGACGAUGAAUCAUCACGAUUCAUACAAAUCCACUUCAUAGCAUCUAUGCGCCUUGCCCUCAUCGUCAUGAAGUAUUUAGACUGGAUUGAUUGUGGGACGGAUCCCAAUCCCAUCUCCCACGACGCCACCAUUGAUAGUUUUAUCAACGAGGUCCAGUCAAUAUUAUCGGACUGGGAUACGGAGGGCCUCCUCCAAAGGGCCACAAACCACGUCGACAUCUGGUUCUGCGUCGACAUCCUAUUCAGCAGUUAUAAAAUGCUCAUCGUCCUCUACCAAUCGAAAAAAUGUAAUCGGAGCCAUAUCCUGCCCCGUCAAGCUGUGGAUAUAGCGCGGAAAUCGGUCACGAAGUUCCAAGCUCUUCUUGGUGCCUCUUUGCAUGCGUUUUGGGGGAUAAGUCUCAUCCUACUACACCAAUUCAUCCCAUUCUUUAUCCUCUGCUUGGAUAUCAUUGGGAAUCCUGAUCACGAUCAUCUAGACGCUGACCUUGCCUCGGUCACCUGGAUCAGCGAGUAUGUGGAGAUAGUUGUCGAGGAACGCGUUGAGCUUAGGCCGAUUUUGAUUAUCAUGAAGGCGGUGGCAACUGCUUGUCAUCGCACAAAGAUGGAUCGUCUUUUCGCGUUCGGUCACUGA